UUACGGAGUCUCGAGGGAAAACUGAGUAGGUAGUUCAAGUCUCUGCAACUGUUUGUAUCUGCAGACGACUUCUGAGGUUCAGCACACCUCAACCUCCACCUCUCCCCUCACCGCUGGUGGUUCUGGGAGGCGACGUCGCGGUUCUUGUAUCAUUCGUUGGGUUUCCAGAACCCGUGGUUCCGAUAGGACUUUGUUCUCCAAAAGAGAAAACUGAAGAAGGAAGGAAGAAUGGCUGUUGGAAUUUGUAAAUCCAUGUCCCAAGGGUUGGUAAGCUUUAGGGAUGUGGCUCUAGAUUUUUCCCAAGAGGAGUGGGAAUGGCUGGACCCAUCUCAGAAGGACUUAUACAGAGAUGUCAUGUUGGAGAACUACAGGAAUUUGGUAUUGCUUGGACUCUCCAUUUCCAAGCCCAACAUAAUCUCCUUAUUGGAGCAAGGGAAAGAACCUUGGAUGGUGGAAAAAGAGAUGUCAGAUGGUCAAUAUACAGACUGGGAGUCUUGGUGUGAAAUCAAGGAAUUAUCUCCAAAAUGGUACAUUGAUGAAGAGGAAAUUUCCCAGGGCAUAGUAAUGGGAAGACUUAAAAGUCAUGACUUUCAAUACUCCAGUUUCAGAGAAACUUGGAAACAUGAGGGUGAAUUUGAGCAGUGUCAUGGAAAUCAGGAGAGGCAUUUCAGGCAAGUGGCAAGUUUUAAGGAAAUCUAUGCUGUGAAAAGAGACAAUGAAUAUAAAAAUUUUGAAAGAAAUAUUUUCUUGAAGUCAGUACUUUUAACACAACAGAGAGUUUCUGCAUUACAGCGGGUACAUACAUUUGAUAUUUAUGAUAAAAUGUUCCCUUCAAAUUCAGUCCUAAUUGAACAUAGAAGACGAUGUGCUGAGGAGGAAUCUUUGAUAGGUAAUGAAUGUAAAGAAUUCAAACAGAGUACAUACUUUAGUAAAGAUAUAGGAAUUCCUCCUGGAGAGAAACCUUAUGAAAGUCAUGAUUUUUCAAAUUUCUUAAGUUUCCACUCAUUACUUACUCAACAUCAAACAACUCAUUUUGGAGAAUUACCCAAUGAAUGUGGUGAUGCCUUUAGUUGUUACUCAUUAUUUACUCAACCUCAGAGAAUUCACAGUGGAGAGAAACCAUAUGCAUGCAAUGACUGUGAAAAAACCUUUAACCAUGACUUCUUUCUCAGUGAACAUCAGAGAACUCAUAUUGGAGAGAAACCAUAUGCAUGUAAGGAAUGCAAGAAAGCCUUUAGACAGAAUGCACACCUUGCUCAACAUCAGAGAAUUCAUACUGGAGAAAAACCCUUUGCAUGCAAUGAAUGUGGGAAGGCCUUUAGCCGUUAUGCCUUCCUUGUUGAACAUCAGAGAAUUCACACAGGAGAGAAGCCAUAUGAAUGUAAGGAAUGUAAUAAAACCUUCAGACAGAGUGCACACCUUAAUCAACAUCAGAGAAUUCACACUGGAGAGAAACCAUACCAAUGUAAUCAGUGUGGAAAAGCCUUCAGCAGACGCAUAGCCCUUACUCUGCAUCAAAGAAUUCAUUCAGGAGAGAAACCCUUUAAAUGUAACGAAUGUGGGAAGACCUUUGGCUAUCGCUCACAUCUUAAUCAACAUCAGAGAAUUCAUACUGGAGAAAAGCCCUAUGAGUGCAUCAAAUGUGGGAAGUUCUUCCGGACUGAUUCACAACUUAAUCGACAUCGUAGAAUCCACACUGGAGAGAGACCUUUUGAAUGCAGCAAAUGUGGGAAAGCCUUCAAUGAUGCUUUAGUUUUAAUUCAUCAUAAGAGAGGUCAUGCAGGAGAGAAACCCUAUGUUUGUAACAAAUGUGGGAAAGCUUUCAGUUGUGGCUCAUACCUCUAUCAACAUCAGAGAAUUCAUACUGGGGAGAAACCCUAUGAAUGCAAUGUAUGUGGGAAGGCUUUCCAUCAGAUAUUAUCCCUUAGGCUACACCAGAGAAUUCAUAUUGGAGAAAAACCUUAUAACUGCAGUGAAUGUGGAAAUAAUUUUAGCUGUGCCUCCACCCUUAGACGACAUCAGAAAAUUCAUGAUAGAAAAACUCUCUGA